UAUGAAUUAUGUAAUAAUAAUAAUAAUAAUAAAGUAUAUUGGACUCAAAUUUAAAAUGAUGAUCCAAGUAUUCCUCCCUUAGGUGACAGCAAGAUAAUACAAAGCUGUCAUUACGUUUCAACAGAACCACGAAAGAACAGCUUUCUCUAAUAUGCUGAAACUGAUUGUUUAGAUAUCUACUAUCGUUUCAUUAUGGAAGUUAUUUCUUCAUGGGUUUACAUCAUACUUGUAUGAAAUCCCUUUACUGCCCUCGGUCAUUAGUCAAAAAGUUAAUUUGAGUCAAAGAAAAAAAAAAACAAAAAAAAAACAGCGAUGAUAGGUCUACAUUCUUUUCAUCUUUCUUUUAUCCAUUCACUCAUUUACAUUAUGAACCAUCAAGAGAAUUCAAGUCAACGUCAACCAUCAUCUGCUGAAGAACUAGAUUUACUAGCGCCCGAAUCAACUUUUGAAUCAAUUAAUCGUUCCGAAACUGAAAACGAAUGGGUUGAUAUCAUUCAAGCUGGUGAUGAAAUAAGCACAGAGUUACGUACGAUAGGUGAUGAUGACUUACAAGAACCUGAUUGGGGCUAUGAAGAAGAUCAACAAAGAGUGGAUACAAUUGUUAAUACCAUUUCGGAUAGUAUAACGCAUGACUCUAACAAUGAUCAAAGUAAAGACAUGUGUCUUGGAUCAACAAUUCAACAAUCAUUACCCGGAGCAUUUCAUAGUGCUGAAGACAACUUAUGCAUAAUCAUGUUCCACAAGAAUACGAAAAGUAAAGUGGAAUACUCUUCUCUUGAUGUAGUCAUCUUUCUUCUCGCAGCGAUUAUCAAUGCUUUAUAAACAAUAAAGUGCCAAUUCCUUUCUUUUUUUUUCUUUUUA